AAAAGGGUUUAAAAUGUUUGAAAUAAUUAAUUAAAUGAUUAUGAUUUAUAAAAAACACAAAUAGUUUUGCUCAAAGUUUACAUUUUGUUCUUGUUAAUUAUGAAUACUUUAUUUGGCCAUAAGUUAUAUUGGAAGUGCAUGACAAUUUUGUUAAUAUUCUGUAUUGUAAGAAUACAUUCCUCUAAUCCAGAAGACUUUUGUUUUAAAAAUGAACAAAAUUGUUCCCUAAGCUCAAAGCGAUAUUUACUAUAUGAUGUUAACAGACCUGAAGGAUUCAAUCUAAGAAGAGAUGUCUAUAUGCGUCUUGCUGUCUUAGCACAUAAAAUGAAACAAUCAUCCAAUAGUGAAUUGAAUUCAUUUUCUUUAGUGCUCCCUCCAUGGUCACACUUAAUUCACUGGACUUAUAGAGACUACCCUGAGCAAAUCCCAUGGGGACUUUAUUUUGAUGUAGAGAGUCUAAAAAAAUUUGCGCCUGUAAUAGAAAUGUAUGAAUUUUUUGAUAUAUAUCCAAAUAAAUACACCAAAGUAGUUAUUGAUGAAGUAUAUAACCUCCAACAUUUUGAAGAUAUGUUCGAAACUGGAAAUUUCGAAGAAAGAAUGAAUAUUGAAAAAUGCCAAAGAACACAUGAUAAAACUUAUUUAUUUUACAAGAAUAUAACAGCUAAAGACGUUAAAUGCUUGUCUUAUCAUGGACCAGCCACGAAACUGACAGAAUUGUUUGUAAACACUAGUGCCAAGAUUAUACUACUAAACCAUGCAGAGGUAACACUUCAUGAUUUUUUUGGAAGCAAAUUAUAUUGGGAAGCUAGAAGAAGUAUGAGAUUUAGCAAGGAACUGAAACUAAUUGCAAAUGAAUUUAGGAAAACUGUUCUAAAUUCAACAGAUGCAUCAGAUAACACUCUUCUUCCUGAAAUGUGGACUGAUGAAAAACCAAAGCGAAACGCAAUUGGAGGACCAUAUGUAGGCAUACAUCUAAGAAGAAGAGAUUUCGUUAGAAAUCGACCAACAGAAGCACCAUCUCUUCAAAAAGCCGCUGAUCAAAUCAAGAAGGUUUUAAAUAACCUCGAUUUAAAAACUGUAUUUGUUGCCACCGAUGGUACUCAGGAAGAGUUCAACGAUUUAACAAGUUUUCUUCAAGGAUACAACGUAGUGAAAUACAGCGCGCCUUCUAAAAUAGAGAAAAAAUACAAAGACGGUGGUUUGGCAAUUAUUGAUCAAAUAAUCUGCUCUUAUGCUAGGUAUUUUAUUGGAACCCAUGAAAGCACAUUCUCGUUUCGAAUUCAAGAAGAGAGGGAAAUUUUAGGUUUCCCAGUAGAUACUACAUACAACGUUUUUUGUACCGGUAGUGGUUGUCAGAAGCCUUCAGUUUGGGAAAUAGUUUAUUAAUAAUUACCAUCUCAUUAAAUAGGAUUUUAGAAUUUAACAGUUAGCUCUCUUGUUGUGUAUAUAUGAUUAGC